AUGGGUGCAAAGCAGAGCAAGCGCUCCGUGGACAUAAGCGGAAAGGAAGCGGAGAGCGCCGGCGAGGUGGCAGCGGCCGGAGCUGGCGGUGAAGGUCGUAUGGAACAAUUAGCAGACGCUGAUGCGCUGAAGCCUCAGGCCAAUGGCGAUGCCCAUAUACAGGAUACCCUUGAAAAAGAAAAGCAAAUCGACAGUGGCACCCCAGAGAACGAAAAAGAUGCAACGACGGAGAAGGAAGUAAAAGAUCAAGAAGAGAAUGAAAAAGAUAAGGAGACAUCUGUGGCGAACGGGGAGAGUGAGACAAAGGAAAACGGAGAGAGUACAACGUCGCCGGACGAUGGCAAAAAGAACAAAAAGGAAAAGGUUAAGAAGAAAUGGUCGCUAAGGUCGAUCAGUUUUAGCAGAAAGGAUAAGCCGAAGCAGGAAAAGAAACAAAAAGACGAGGAGGUGAAAACCAACGGCGAGCCAGAGAAAGUUCCUGAAGAGGCUGCUGAGACUACUCCUGAAAACGCAGAAAUAGAAGUUGCUGCUGAAACUAAGCCUGAAACAGAAAACAAAGAUGAAAAUACACCUGAAACUCCAGUGACAGAGCCACUGACAAAUGGAAGCAGCACGCCCGAAACUUCUAAAGUAGAAACUCCUAUCGCCGAGGAACCCAAAAAUGAGGACGCCGGAGACAUCAGGCCGGAACCGAAAGUGGAAGCCGUCGAACCCGAGCAAUUGCCUGUAAAUGGUCUUUCUCUUGAAGAAACAAAAAAGGUGGAACCCGAAGUUCCAGUUAUUGAUUCAAACAAGACCGAGGAGUCUAAAGUAGAAAUCACGGAAUCGGUGCCUACACCCGAAAGUCCCGUUAAGAAAGAGGUUUGUGUCGAUCAAACGCCCUUGAUAGAGCCUACGCCACCUCCCCUUCCCGCUAAUCCUCCUCCAUCGUCCGUGGCUUCCUUUGCCGCAACCACCAUGGCUCCUGAACUUACUGAUGCUUCUCUCAAUAACAACGCUGAUAGUACAGAAUCUGCACCCGCCGAUGCCACACCCGUUAAUGUUGAAAACACAAAUAUGGACCCUACUCCUACCGACACAAAAAUUUGCGACGAACUCGAAACUAUUGAAUCACCCGCACCUCUCACCGAUGUAACGCAAAUGGAAGACGCAAUCUUGUCUGAACAAUGUUCGGCCAAUGAAGUUACACUGGAUACCUUACCGAGUCAGGACGAUCACGACGUUUCUACCAAGACAGUAGAAGAAACUGUCUGUGAUGUUGAGACUAAAUCUUCCCUCGUGGAAAAUGAAAACGUAUUACCAGCCGAACCCGAAACUGAGAAACCCGCAGAAGCUGCUCCACUAGAAUCCGCGGAGACGGAGGAGAUUGUCGACGAACAAACUCCUGCUACUACCGAAGAUUUAACAAAAGAAAUUAGCAAUAGCGAAAUCUCAAAGAUGGAGCAGGACAGCGGUAUUUGCGAAUCGAAAGAGACAGAUGUCGACACAAGUAUUAUUUCACAGAAUGGCCUAAAUCACAGCUCGGUCGAAGCGAUCGAAACAGAGUGUUUAAAAGCGAAGGCCAAAGAGAUGAUCAAAAGUGCGGAAGUAAUGUUAAACGGCGACGCGUUGACGAACGGCGAGCGGUCUCUGCAUGAGCCCGAGGAUGAGCUGCUUUCGGGGCCCGACGAGGAGACGCAAUCGUUCCCGCCGCCAGAUGACCUUAGCCCCGAGCCGGAGAUACCCGCCUCGCCCCCACAGGAGCCCCUACCAAUUGCCGAUAAAAUGGCCGAACUCAUUCCUGAAAUUCCAACUAUACCAGAACUAAACACGGAAACGGAGACGACAACCGACGUGGCGGUGGCGAACUAA